CAGUCUGUUUGACUUCAUCAACGUAUAACUGCUAGAUAGCUGACCUUAUAAAUGGCCAGAGGUGUCUGUGUUUAGGGACUGUAAGUGUGUGUACUUUGGGCUGAAAGCAAUCACAAUCUCUUCUACCAAUGGCAGGGAUUCUAGCAAGAUCGUUAUGGAGCAAAAAGGCACCACUUCAGAUGGGUCUCGCGUGUUAUUCAUCAUCAGUGCCCACCACCAAGCUGUUCAUUGACGGCAAGUUUGUAGAGUCCAGCACCUCAGAAUGGCUGGACAUUCACAACCCUGCCACUAAUGAGGUGGUGGGUCGCGUGCCCAAAGCCACCCAGACAGAGAUGUUAGCUGCAGUAGAGUCCUGCUCCAGGGCCUACGCCUCCUGGGCCGAGACCUCCAUCCUCACCCGCCAGCAGAUCUUCCUCCGAUACCAGCAGCUCAUCAAGGAAAACAUUAAAGAGCUAGCCAGGCUGAUCACCCUGGAGCAGGGCAAGACUCUGGCUGACGCGGAGGGAGACGUCUUCAGAGGAUUGCAGGUGGCAGAGCACGCCUGCAGCAUCACCUCCCUGAUGCUGGGGGAGACCCUGCCCUCCAUCACCAAAGACAUGGAUACCUACACCUACCGCCUGCCCAUCGGGGUGUGUGCUGGUAUCGCCCCCUUCAACUUCCCUGCCAUGAUUCCUCUGUGGAUGUUCCCCAUGGGUAUGGUGUGUGGCAACACCUACCUGAUGAAGCCUUCCGAGCGCGUCCCAGGAUGCACCAUGCUGCUGGCCAGGCUGCUGCAGGACGCAGGGAUGCCCGACGGGACCCUGAACAUCAUCCAUGGACAGCACGCUGCUGUGAACUUCAUCUGUGACCACCCUGCCAUCAAGGCCAUCAGCUUCGUGGGCUCCAACCAGGCAGGAGAGUACAUCUACGAGAGAGGAUCCAAGAAUGGCAAGAGAGUGCAGUCCAACAUGGGAGCUAAGAACCACGGUGUGGUGAUGCCUGACGCAAACAAGGAGAACACUCUGAACCAGCUGGUGGGCGCAGCCUUUGGCGCUGCAGGACAGCGUUGUAUGGCUCUCUCAACCGCCAUUCUCGUAGGCGAGGCUCGUGAAUGGCUCCCAGAGCUGGUGGAGCGCUCCAAAGCCCUGCGCGUCAAUGCAGGUGACCAGCCGGGUGCCGACGUAGGUCCUCUGAUCUCCCCUGAAGCCAGGGCCCGUGUUGAAAUGUUGAUCCAGAGUGGCGUGGACGAGGGAGCUACGCUGCUGCUGGAUGGACGCAAUGUCCACGUCAAAGGAUACGAGAAUGGCAACUUUGUAGGGCCCACCAUCAUCGCCAAUGUUACGCCAGCGAUGAAGUGCUACACGGAGGAGAUCUUUGGGCCGGUGCUGGUGGUUCUGGAGGCUGACACUCUGGGUGAAGCCAUCUCCCUGGUCAACAACAACCAGUACGGCAACGGAACCGCCAUCUUCACCACCAACGGCGCCACCGCCCGCAAGUACACACACGAGGUGGAUGUCGGACAGAUUGGUGUGAACGUGCCCAUCCCCGUCCCCCUUCCCAUGUUCUCCUUCACCGGCUCCAGAGGUUCCUUCAGAGGCGACACCAACUUCUACGGCAAACAGGGCAUCCAAUUCUACACUCAGGUCAAGACGGUUACAUCACAGUGGAAGGCCGACGACGCCACCACGAAGAGCCCAGCCGUUACCAUGCCGACCAUGGGACGCUAAACGUUAAUGUGGUGUUCUCUACCUGGCACAACGUUCCACAUACUGACUGACAUGCGUUAACAUUCAGAAGGGGUUAGCAGCCAAGGGGUACGAACAACUGAUGUCUAUUACAGUCAUGGAAUAUGUUUUAUACAGAGUGUACUAUAUGAGAAAUGUUUUUGUAUUUUGAGUUUGACCCUGUUACUGAAAUUGCGUCCGGUAGGGUGAUGGCAGAUUUUUAAUCUGAAAUGUACUGUUACUGUAGCAACAAAUCCUCUGUUCAAGCACUAGUCAUAUGCUGACCCUGGGAGUCACAUUGGAAGGAUGUACUAGGUGGAAUGCAAUGGGUGAGAGAAGGCCGGUAGCAGCUAGUCUAGUGGUUAGAGUGUUGGGCCAGUAACCGAAAGGUUGCUGGAUUGAAUCCCCGAGCUGACAUGGUAAAGAUUUGUUGGCUUCCCCAGAGCAGGCCGUCAUUGUAAAUAAGAAUUUGUUCUUAACUGACUUGCCUAGUUAAGGUUACAUCUGAAAAAUAUUUUAUUUUUAAAAUCUAAGAUGUUACUCCGCUUGCAUCUUAACUACAACUAUUAGGAGGGGAACAGCGGGACACAGAUAAACGGCUUCACCCAGUCCCUUGUGGGCAUUAGUGUUCCCAAUCUGUGAAACGGAGACACUAGCUUGGUUUCCAUCCAAUUGGCGAUAGAUUGUAUGCAGAUUUUAGAAUAUUCGCAUCAAUGUGAAUUUUCUCACCAGAGAUGUUUCCAUCACGUUGACUUGUUGCUGAUUUUUAAAUUUAAUUUUUUUUUUUUUUUUAAAAGGCUGUGGGUUAUUAUGUAGUGCACAUUAAAAAUAACAACUUUUGCAGUUAAAUUCCCAUGUACCGAAUAAAACAAAAUACACUGUACAUUGAUUUCCAUCGCAUUUAACUCUGAUGGAUUUGUCACAUCAAAUGUAGCAUUAUAUAGCGAAUGUGCUCACUCCGGUAUUGGCACGUGCGCUCUAGCCAACCGUUUGCAGUGCGGAUACAGCCGACAACAUGAGAUUAUUAUGGACAAAGGAGUGAGAUUGACAAAAAUAAACUGCAGCCAAGCAUUGA